AGGAGGGAGUAGAGGAAGCGGGGGUAAAGGAGGAGCUGAAGGAGGAGGUGUGCGAUUUGAGCAGCAAAAGCGAUGGCAAACGGAAACGCAAGCAGCGAUGGGCCUGGGAACCCCUUGGCGGCUGUGGUGUCCACGACAGGUGGCGUGAUGGGUGGAGCACCUUCCUCAGCCGUAUCUACCUAUGUGAAACUUGUCCUUCUGGGCUUGAUUAUCUGCAUCAGCCUGGUGGGCAACUUAGUGGUAUCCCUGCUAGUGUUACGGGACAGAGCCCUACACAAGGCACCCUACUACUUUCUUCUGGACCUCUGCCUCGCCGACACCAUCCGCUCGGCAGUCUGCUUUCCCUUUGUCCUGGUGUCUAUCAAGAACGGCUCGGCCUGGACUUACAGCGUGCUCAGCUGCAAGGUGGUGGCCUUCAUGGCCGUCCUCUUUUGCUUCCAUGCUGCCUUCAUGCUGUUCUGCAUUAGCGUCACACGCUACAUGGCCAUUGCCCACCACCGCUUCUACUCCAAGCGAAUGACCUUCUGGACCUGCAUUGCGGUGGUGUGCAUGGUCUGGACGCUGUCAGUCGCCAUGGCCUUCCCACCUGUCUUUGACGUCGGCACCUACAAGUUCAUCCGCGAGGAGGACCAGUGCAUCUUUGAGCAUCGCUACUUCAAGGCCAAUGACACGCUAGGCUUCAUGCUGAUGCUGGCUGUGCUAAUCCUGGCUACUCACGUGGUCUACAUGAAGCUCCUGCUGUUCGAAUAUAAGCACCGAAAGAUGAAGCCAGUCCAGAUGGUUCCAGCCAUCAGCCAAAACUGGACCUUUCACGGACCUGGAGCCACAGGCCAGGCAGCCGCAAACUGGAUAGCAGGGUUCGGCCGUGGCCCAAUGCCCCCCACUUUAUUGGGCAUCAGGCAGAACUUGCACAACCAGAACAGACGCCUGCUAGGCAUGGAGGAGUUUAAGGCUGAGAAGCAGCUUGGUAGGAUGUUCUAUGUCAUCACCUUGUUUUUUCUGGUGCUCUGGUCCCCGUACAUUGUGGCCUGUUACUGGCGGGUCUUUGUGAAGGCGUGCACCAUCCCACACCGGUAUCUUUCCACCACCGUGUGGAUGAGUUUUGCCCAAGCUGGCGUGAACCCCAUAAUCUGCUUUUUCCUCAACAAGGACCUGAAGAAGGGCCUGCUGGCCCACCUGCCUCCCUGCUGUAGAACUCCACCUCAACUGCCCCGUGAGCCUUACUGUGUCAUGUGAAGAUGAGUGUUCAUUUAUAAUGUUUUUUUUUUUUCUUUUUUCUUCAGGAUGGUCGGAGAGUGGACAGCCAGGGGGGAGGGAAUAAGAAGUAUUUAAAGAUGGAGACACGAACGAACUUUAUGAGCUGUUGUGGCCUUUUAUUCAGUUUAAGAUGCUUUAAAAGGGUGGAUGUCACGGAGCAUCUCCUGUCACCUUAAUGAUUUUAAGGGUGAAAUGGGCUCUACGCUAAUGUGUGGUUUGGUAAAUCAACUCUAAACAGGUUUGAAGAACCGUAUGUUUUGCGCUAGGGUGGUACAAAUCAACCAAACUGGUGGUCUAUUUUAUGGUAAAUAUAUGAAGGCUAUUUCAAAAGGCUUCUCAUGAUCGAUCUCAGCAAAAAUUACCAUUUGGUUUGGCUCAGUAUCUGUAUCCCUUUACCAGGAUCCUGAGGGCCUUGAAUUCAAAGAUUUACAAAAAUAUUGUUAAUGCCUUGUGAACAGCUGCACUCCUGGUAGAGUAAUUUAUAUUAUUUGAACUACCGAUUCAAAAAUACUCUUAUGUGCAUGUGUAUUACCUUAUCUUUAAGGGGAAACAAACUUGAGAUUAAGCUAUUUUUAAGAAUGAGUGCCAAACAUAAGCCUCAAGGAAUGAAUGAGGCUGACAAAAAAAGAGAAAGUUCCUAAAAUUUACGCUAAUUGGUUUGGCUGAAUCCUUCCUGUGGCUCCAUCAGGGAGGAAUUAAGAUGCUCAUGAAAACAGUGUGUAUACAAAAGCAACUUCCAGAAAAAAUAAUGCUGAUUCAAAGGGAUUGUAAAUGAAAGGAGCUGACUCAAAAUAUGAAUCUAUGUAAAAUAUGGCCUAUUCAGGUUUGUAGGUGCUUUUUCCCUGAGCAACAUGUAAUUUAUUAUUUGUUUGUUUGUUUUUCUCUCUCUUAACUCUAUUUACUUAUUAAUUCAUAAAAUAUUUUCUAGCAUUGCACAAAGGAACUCAUACCCUUAUAAUUUCCAUAAUGAAUCAGAACAUGUGACUAGUCUUACGAUAUCCAGACCAAGAAAAGGUGAAGUAUUUUACUGUAAGUGUUUUCAUUUUGUGAAGAGACAGAUCGGGAUUGAGUGAAAAUACUGAUCUGUUAAUGAUGUAUAUCAUUUAAACAACCGAUCGUUUAUCCUUCCGAACGAUUGCACAGAAGGUGUUGUAGAGGAGAAGUCACUUUGUCUUUUUUGUCUUGAAUUACUUGAAUGAAAGUUUGCUAGCCUAACUGAGCUAUACAAAAUCGAAGCGUUUUUGAUUUUCAUACAUGUAUCUUGGACGUUAAUGAAUUCAGCCUUUACACUUUCAAUCAUAUGUAAGUGAAAAGUAGGUUGCAUUAGAGGUAUUUUAGUUUGCAUUUACUGUGUGUUACAUACUAACACAUGAUAUGUGGAUUCCUGAAAAGAAGUUGUUGGUCAGGUAGUUACAAGGAACCCAAAGUUGAAUGUUUGUGCUGGAUUGAAGUCUGACAGUAUAAUUCGGCCUCCUGUUAAGCAAAAAUCAAUAAAAAUAUGAAUGUGUUUGAGAUAAGGGAAAUACAUGAGCUGUUAGUGGAAUGUUUAGAUUUAUUUUUUAAAGUAUUCCAUUUCAUUAGGAGCUAACAAGUGAGUGAACUAAAUUCCGAAAUGCAUUCAGUGUCAAAUGAAUUUCCCUUAAUAUUUUGCACACAACUCAAGAAAUCACUGAUCAGCCACAUGUUUUCUCUGGCAUAUUUUGACUUGAAUCAGAAUGCUGACCAAUGCAGACAGGACAGAUUGUAAUAUUUCUGUGAAUGUUCAAUGAGAUCUUUCUGUCGGUAGGCAUGGAUUGGUAGGAGUGAUCAGACUUUGUUUUUCUGAAACCUGUCAUUGCGAGAAUACAGAAAAACAGCAGAAAAACAUCUAUGAUGAACAGAAAAAGAGGAAUAAUUCUUUCUGUUAUCUGCAUUUUAUGCCUUACUCCAUUACCAAGAUUUCAUGUUACCAAUGCAAGAAUGAUCUGAAAGCUGUAUGCUUCUAUACACACAAAUAAAUCAUACUAAAACAUAUGCUGGGGAAAACACAACACUGUGUAUUUGUGGAUUAUCAGAGGACACAUCUCGCUGCCCUUCACAAGCCUACAGGUUGCGAGUUAAAAGACGGCUGCAUUAUUGAAUUUGUGAACUGCGACACGUGGGAGUGUACAAUUUUGCUCAGUUCUCUGGAGAGACUUGAAUUUACGAAGAAAAAAAAACGUGAUUCAGAGACACAUUGAUUUUCAGUGGAAUUAAAAGGAACUUCUUGGAUUCUUAAGGAUUUCUUUAAGGCUUUUUUUCUUGUCUUUGGGUGGGACUGGGAUGGGGGACAGUAUGUGAAUGACGGUUUGGGCUAUUGUUGUAUUCACUUGUGAAUAGGAAAUAGCUUGGGUCGGUGUUAGGGUUGAAUGAAACGGAUGUGAUUUUGUAAUGAGCAAAAAUGCCUGUUAGAACAUUUUUAGUUGCUUCAGGCAUCUUAUCUUUUGUAAAAUAACUGUGAACCUCUGUGUAAUUUCAUGUGUAUUAUAUGGACAACGCACUAACUUCAAGUGGGGGGCAGAGUGAAGGGUGGGGUUACGACCCUUGAUCAUCAUCUUUUUACCACGCAUGUGUGUGUGCGUGUUUACGCUGAGUAUGAGUGUGUGGAUGGAACUGGGUACUCAUGAGAAACAAAGCAAAGGUGAAAGGUCAGAGACAGAGCAUCUGAUAGGAACCACUCCUGUAGUUGAUCCACUAAAACUUCUGUUUUCAUUGAUACAACACACCUGUAAAGAUUACAAAGUGCUGAGCCUUAAACAAGACAUAAUGUUGAUUAAAAGCAACAGGGAAUUUGGAUAAUAACCAACACUCAAAAAUGAAUGCAUCUUGUUUACCACAUCUUGACACCAACAUGAAAACAGAUAUCAGUCAUUGUUUGGGAAUUCCAGCCUUA